UUGAAGAAUCAGCCUCUAAUGAUAUCACAUUUACUUCCAUCUUAUUAAUGGAAUUCAUGGAACAUGGAAUGUGUAAAGAUGAAGAUAGAGAGAAGAUGAACAUAUAUGCUAAUAUACAUUCUUUAAACAUUCAUGAUGUCAGGACAGAAACAGAGAACACCAGGAAACACCAAACACCUCAACACACAGGAACUGACUGUGUGAAGAUCAGAAGAUACAGAGCAGCUGUGGUGUGUUUGGUUCUGCUGUGUGUUCUUCCGCUGACUGCAGUCAUAGUGCUGUGUGUCCACAUCCAUACAAACAACACACACUAUGCUGAAGAGAGUGGUGGGCUACUAAUUAACAUUACCAAACUCGCAGAAGAGAAAGACCAACUACUAACCAGGAAUACAGAACUCACAGAAAAGACAGACCAGCUACUAACUAAGAUUGCCAACCUCACAGAAGCGAGAGACCAGCUAGUAAACAAAAGCAUGCAGCUGACAAAAGAGAGAGAUGGAUUAUUAUCAAGUAACCGUGAUCUGAUUAAACAAAGAGACCAACUACAUCAGGAGAAAAAUGAACUGUUGAAAGGUGUAUGGAUUUACUAUCAAUCUCAUCUUUACUUUGUUUCCUCUGAGAAGAUGAGCUGGAAUGAGAGCAGGAGAUACUGUACAGAGAGAGGAGCAGAUCUGAUCAUCAUAAACAACAGAGAGGAACAAGAUUUUGUGAAGAAAAUAUCUGCUAAUGCUAAUGUCUGGAUUGGUCUGACUGACAUUGAUGUGGAGGGCAGCUGGAAAUGGGUUGAUGGCAGCGCACUGACCUCUGGGUUCUGGGAUCCUCGAGAGCCCAAUGGACAUAGAGGAGAGAACUGUGCUCUGACUUAUUCACCAGGAUGGGCUGAUUAUCCAUGUAGUAAUCUUUUCCUAUGGAUCUGUGAAAAGAGCAUUUUAAAAUAAGUCAACACAUGAACUGCAGGUUCAUGUAAAAAAAUACAUAUGGGUACAUUUUCCCCUAAGAACAGCUUUAUUUAAAGGAACUGCAACUGCUGGAACACAGUUUUUUCCCCCUCCAUACAGAGUACAAUCAUUUACAAGACCAAACAGUGAAGUGAAAGUGCAAAUACGCACUUGAAAUGAAGCAAAUGUUUUUUUUUUCUUAUGCAAUUUUUAUUUUCUUUUUUUAUUAUAGACUUUUAUAAUAGAAAUAAAAGAAAGGGGUAACUAAGGGUAAACAGUAAAUAAACUGCUUCGAUUUUUGUUUUGAGCAGUUAUUACACUAAUUAUAUUGCUGAGUUCUGAGUAUAUAUCUUGUACACCUCCAUGUGUAACUGCAUGUGUUUACUGUUCAAGAAGAGAUGAUGUCUCCGUUCAGUAAGACUCAAAAUGCACUGGUAAUCAUUUUAGAGCAGGAAUGUGGAAGUGGAAAGUUUUAUUGGUGUUUCUUCAUGUUUCCUUUUAUGUUAUCAGAUAUUUUUUCUUUCUUUUCCAUUUUGUUAUAUGAAGGUCACAUUAAACUGACUAGAAAAGUUUUACCAUC